AUGAGUUCUGGAAGUGGAGAACCUACAACAGUGAAGACAGCGGAGGCUCCUGCUCCUGAUUCAGCUCCAGCCAAACAGGGCUGGAAGUGUCCCCUGAGCGACGCUCACGUCCACCGGGAAGAUGUGUGGAAGGUGUGGAGAGAGUGCCAAGAGGAAAGCUUCUGGUAUAGAGCUCUCCCCCUGUCUGUGGGCAGCAUGGCUGCCACUGGUGGUCUCAUCUACAACGGUGUUUGGAAAUCGUCAGCAAGGUUUGGCCCUUUUCCAAAGCUAGCAGUUGCGGGUCUCCUCGGGUUUGCAGUGGGAAAAGCUUCGUAUGUUGGAACUUGUCGGAGCAGGUUCCAGGAGCUCGGCAUUAAAGACGGCCCGGGAACUGGGCCCUGGUCCAGAAGAGGUCCGUCAGGUCCAGGACUCAGACAGUGCCAACAUGAGUGUGACGAAUGCAAGAAAAAACCUCAAGCUGCACCAGCAGAGCAAGCUUAAAGUUAAAUGCGCACAAAGCUAAUCUCAACAGUUCUAUAAAAAUGAGACCCCUGCAUCACCAUGGAAGG